AGCGUGACUGACGUCUCCGUCUACCACUCGUGUUUGCGUACGACAGUCGACGUUAUUUAAAGCCGUUCUGUCAAUUUCUUAAACUUUAGUUGGUGUUUGGCGGAAUAGCUGCAACUGGGACGGAUUUUAUUUUCAAGUUGUCCUAUUUUAUUUGUUAACCGUUCACCAUGAGGGAAAUUGUUCACCUGCAGGCUGGUCAGUGUGGAAACCAAAUCGGUGCCAAGUUUUGGGAGGUGAUUAGUGAUGAGCACGGAAUUGAUCCUACGGGAACUUAUCACGGUGACAGUGAUCUGCAGUUGGAGCGGAUUAAUGUUUAUUACAAUGAGGCAACUGGUAAGUUGAAUAUAGUUUAUACUCUUAUAAUACAACAAAAGAGUAAUAAAAGUGGGGGAAAAAACGUGUUCUGUGCUGACAUAGGAGGAAAGUAUGUUCCUCGUGCCGUUCUUGUCGACCUGGAGCCUGGAACCAUGGAUUCGGUGAGAUCGGGACCAUUUGGACAAAUCUUCAGGCCUGACAACUUUGUCUUUGGUCAGAGUGGUGCUGGAAAUAACUGGGCUAAGGGUCAUUACACGGAAGGAGCUGAGCUUGUGGACUCAGUUCUGGAUGUGGUCCGCAAAGAGGCAGAAAGCUGUGACUGCCUGCAAGGUUUCCAGCUCACACACUCCCUUGGCGGAGGCACUGGGUCAGGCAUGGGCACCCUCCUCAUAAGCAAAAUCCGUGAGGAGUACCCUGACCGCAUCAUGAACACCUUUAGUGUGGUGCCCUCACCCAAAGUCUCAGACACUGUUGUGGAGCCUUACAAUGCCACACUGUCUGUCCACCAGCUUGUGGAGAACACAGAUGAAACGUACUGCAUCGACAACGAGGCCCUGUAUGACAUUUGCUUCCGUACCCUGAAACUCACUACACCCACCUAUGGUGAUCUUAACCACCUUGUGUCUGCCACAAUGAGUGGGGUCACCACCUGUUUGCGCUUCCCUGGUCAGCUCAACGCCGAUCUGCGUAAACUGGCCGUCAACAUGGUGCCGUUCCCUCGUCUGCAUUUCUUCAUGCCAGGCUUUGCCCCACUCACCAGCAGAGGGAGUCAGCAAUACCGGGCCCUUACAGUGCCUGAGCUCACCCAGCAGAUGUUUGAUGCCAAGAACAUGAUGGCUGCUUGUGACCCCCGCCACGGCCGCUACCUCACUGUUGCUGCUGUCUUCCGAGGCCGCAUGUCCAUGAAAGAAGUGGAUGAGCAGAUGCUGAAUGUCCAGAACAAGAACAGCAGCUACUUCGUGGAGUGGAUCCCUAAUAACGUCAAGACCGCCGUUUGCGACAUUCCGCCUCGUGGCCUUAAAAUGGCUGCUACUUUUAUCGGCAACAGCACCGCAAUCCAGGAGCUGUUCAAGCGCAUCUCUGAGCAGUUUACGGCUAUGUUCAGGCGAAAGGCGUUUUUGCAUUGGUACACUGGAGAGGGAAUGGAUGAGAUGGAGUUCACAGAGGCAGAAAGCAACAUGAAUGAUUUGGUGUCUGAGUACCAACAGUAUCAAGAUGCCACUGCAGAAGAGGAGGGAGAGUUUGAGGAAGAGGGAGAGGAGGAGCUUGCAUAAGGAGAUGAUCAAUCAAGUUUCUGGUUACUGUUUUGUUCAGUUCAAUUUCUUGUAUGUUCAUUUUGUCUUUGAUCUGUCCACUUUUGGUUCCAAAAGCAGCAUAUCUGUCAAUGUACAACCAUUUCUAAUAAAGUAUUUUGC